GCCGAUUGAAACCAAAAGAAGCCGAAGAAGAAGCAGCACAGCGCCCGGUGACCUGCAGUGUCCUCCAACAGUCAAGAUUUGACAGCCGGUCAGCUCAGGACAACAGCAUCCAAAUCAUGGUUUUCGAGGAGAAGAUGAUCCUGAACGGAGAGCCCGAUGAUGAGGAAGAAGAGGAGGAGGAAGAGGAAGAAAUGGUGGAUCCUCUUGAAACUGUGCGACAGAAGUGUGCAGAAACAGAGCACUGUGUUCACACCAUGGAGCGUCUGGAGCAGUGUGAAACCAGGGUCGGCUCUCGGUCGUCAACGAUGGAGGAUUGCACCGAGGAGCUGUUCGACUUCCUGCACGCUCGCGACCACUGUGUGGCACACAAACUCUUCCAUUCUGUCAAGUAAAGACUGCCGAUUGUUGGACCACUGUCUGAUGACAUUCUUUAAAUAUUGCGCCGAGAAUAACAUGGUUUUAAAUACAUCCAUAUGUGGAUCUGCUGUAUGUUGUAACUUAAAGUGUACACUUUAUCUGCUCGUGUGAAGAAGUAUUUAACAAUGUAGUCAACAUUUCAUUAAAGUGGAUGGCUUCAAAACCUCA